AUGAAUGAGGUGCCCAUAUUAAUGCCCAGGGUGUCUGGUUGUUCUUUGGCCCUGCCUUGUUCUCCUGAUGAUGAGCGGACGUGCGCUAAAGCUCCUGAAGUUGCCAGUGUCAGAGUUCAGCUGGAGAUGCAGAGCCUGUGGCAGCAGUUUGAUCAACUGGGCACUGAAAUGAUCGUCACAAAGGCUGGAAGAAGGAUGUUCCCUACAUUUCAAGUGCACAUCUCAGGCAUGGACCCUGCAGCAGAAUAUGUUCUUCUAAUGGACUUCAUUCCAGUGGAUGAUAAACGAUACAGGUAUGCUUUCCAUAGCUCUUCCUGGCUGGUUGCUGGUCGUGGAGAUGUAGCUGCUCCAGGAAGAGUUCAUUUCCACCCAGAUUCACCUGCACGGGGGGCUCAGUGGGGAAAACAGACAGUGUCGUUUGAUCGACUCAAACUCACCAACAACCUGCUGGAUGAUAAUGGCCAUAUGAUCCUGAACUCCAUGCACCGGUAUCAGCCACGACUGCACGUGGUGCUGGUGGACCGGAGCAGAAACAGUCAGCGUUACGCUCACCGCAACUUCUGCACAUUCACCUUCCCAGAGACUCGCUUCAUCGCAGUCACAGCUUACCAGAACCACAGGAUCACCCAGCUGAAGAUAGCCUGCAACCCUUUUGCAAAAGGAUUUCGUACUGCAGAACCUAAAAACAGGUCUGCAAACAACUCUACCGCUGACGGUCAUCGCCUGCCUUUGCCGUGGAAUCUGCUUGAGGGACCAUCGCUGACCGGCACUGUACGUGAUGACCAGAGGAUACGAGAUGAACAGCAUCUGAACUGGCAUUCAAAUCCUCAUGACAUGAAUCUCCAUGAAGCUCCGCUGUCAUAUAAUGAAGGGAUGGACUACGGCACAGACAGGAAGUGCAGGGAGUCACAUGAUCAUUUCUACAGCACCCCUGUAUUCUUCACGUUGCCCUGUCAGUGGGACGGCUAG